AUCUUGCAAGAAAGUUUGUUUCAAAAGUUUUUAAAGUCUUGUCAAAUUGGAAUAUUUAAAUCAAAGUUGGAUUAUUACGUCACAAUCUGCUCAACAAACGUACGCAAGUCAUCUCUUUAUAACAAAGCUUUAAUUUUCGGCGGAAUCAAGACACGGUUUAUCUAACUUAAGAAUGGACGCCCGACUCGUCGCGGCUCGUCUCCCCGGGUUUCCGAUGUACCAACCCCCGUACGCCACCCCAACUUUCCCGGGCUACCUGCAUUACAACCCAGCAGCUGCAGCAGCAGUAGCAGCAGCAACAGACCCAGCUGCUUUCUAUCCCCCAAUCGGCCCGGGAGAAAACGCCGAUGCUUGGCGGGCAGGACUCAGUCAAGCUGCCGCGGCCGCUUACUACGAUCCCUCGAUGGCCGCACACUACGGAGGAUGCUAUGGAUAUGGACCAAUGGGUCUCAGCGACGGUGCUCGGCGUAAAAACGCAACCCGAGAAACAACAUCGACGUUAAAAGCGUGGCUUAAUGAACACAGAAAGAACCCUUACCCAACUAAAGGGGAAAAGAUCAUGUUAGCUAUUAUUACCAAGAUGACGCUUACACAGGUGUCGACCUGGUUUGCAAACGCGCGUCGUCGUUUAAAGAAAGAAAACAAGAUGACGUGGUCUCCAAGGAACAGAUGUGGGGAAGAUGAUGACGAGGAUGAUUUGGCAGAUGAUGCUGGUAACCAUGGUAACACAAGUCGGUCAUCCUCGCCAGUUGGUGGCGCUGAAGAUGUGGACAUGAGAAGAGGAGAUUUUGGGAGAUUUGAAGCAUCCGGAGGGGAUUUAUCAGACGGAGCGUUCUCGGAUGGAAGGGAUGAGAGAAGAGCAGGAAAAGAGGAGGACAGAAGAAAAUCUCCUUCUAGUUUAGUUUCGAGAUCACUAAGCAACGACGAAUCAAGAAGUCGUCUCGCCAACGGACAUUUCGUCAAACAUGGAAUCCACCCGUACUCAAACCCAAGGUCCUCCCCAGCCUCAAGACCCAAUAUAUCUUCACCCAUCCAAGCUCGACCAGGAUUACCCUUUCCCCCUAACAUGCCCCCCAUGCAAGCCCCAAGCUCUCAAGCCCCGCCCCACUUUCACAGCUCCCAGUUCAACCCAGCAGCCGCCGCCUCCCUUAUAGCUGCAUCACGUGGUCACCCCCUUCCUCCCCACGUCAUGGCCGCACUAAACGAGCAAGCACAGCGUCACUACCAGCAAGCAUUACAACACAUGCCCAACUAUCCCUUCCACGGAGAACGAGCUCUCUCCACCAGCACUAACGCGAGUCCAUCACCCAGUACGUCAUCUAGGGUAUCUUCUACGUCACCAUCUACGUCAUUAAAGCCAGCAUCAUCCGCUGAAACAUCAACUGCGUCAACCCCACCGAAGCCAAAAAUCUGGUCGAUCGCCGACGUCGCUACAAGUCGCGAUAGUUCUAAGGAUAUUUCCAACCGAAGCAAGAUUUGUCACAAAUCACACUCGCUUAGCCCUCCUUCGUCACAGAGCGACGACAAAGAUAUGUCGAACGUUCGAUCGUGGGUUGGAGGUAUGUUACAUCACAAACUAGCAGCAGCCAUGCACCCGACGAACCCACAACUAAUGGGACUUUCCCCUUCGUCCCAAGGAUCAAAGGUCCCCUCCAACGGGGCAAGGUACCCCCAAUCCUUCCCACGAUUUGCGGACAUUGUCGCAGCGCAACAAGAGAAGGCAAACGCCGCAAUGAGGGAAAUGGGAAAGCCCCACCAUUCCGAUGACGUUAUUAUUAUGUCAGAAAGAUCGCCCACUAUUCAUGAAACACCAAUAGAAGCACUACAGGCGAGACGAAAUUCGAGUCACUCGCCAGUUUCACCGCAACAGAGCGACGAACAUUGAAGCUGUACAUGGUGAAGUACAACGAUGGCACGCGACCUGUUGAGAUAAAGAUGGAAGUUUGAAAGAUGCUUGAUACAAACCAGGCACACAUGGAGUUGCGAAUGGGUGAAGCGGUUCGAGACCCUCCUCUGUUGUUUAAAAACGAUACUGGUUUGAGCAUGUGAUUAUUACGUCAACAAUGUACCAAGUUGCAAUGACACCAGUUAUAAUGUUGAGUGUUGUGGUAUAUAUAUAUCAUGAUAACACACCGUGUUCUGUUUUGAAAAGUUCAUUGAGAUUUUGUUCUUCUUUUCGUCCUAAGCACGUAAUAAACUACGAAAGAAAUA